AUGCGUAUCGCUAUAGCCGGAGCUGGCGGGUUAGCCAGAUACAUCAGCGAUGAAUUUCCCAAGCAUGGCCACUCGGUAGUCAUUCUAACUCGCAGAGAGAAAGAAUGCUUCCGCAACCGCCCACACAUCACCCAAGUACUCACCGACUACUCCGUUCCCUCCAUAGUGACCGCACUUAAGGACUGCGAGAUGCUCAUAUCUGUGAUACUAGCGUACACGGCGGAGUUUAUCGACGUCCACCUGAACCUGAUCAAGGCAUGUCAACUUAGUCCGAAAUGCAAGCGCUUCAUUCCAUCCGAGUUCUUCGGCGACAUAGAAAACUACCCCGACCUGCCAACGUUCUACUAUGAUACACGAGAACCCAUCCGGAAGGUCUUACGCGAACAAACAGAGAUAGAAUGGACACUGGUCGUCAACGGCUGGCUAGUCGAUUACAUCGUGCCGAAGAGGAACCUGUACCUCAUGGAUAUCGGUGAAGCAUUCCCGAUAGACAUCACAGGGAACCAGAUUGUUAUUCCCGGGACGGGAACCGAUGCAGUCGAUGUCACCACCGCAAGGGAUCUUGCGACGGCGUUGGCACUUUUAGCUGAUGCUCCUGUCUGGGAGCCGUAUGUGUAUGUAUCUGGAACGAAGACCUGCUGGAAUGACCUGGCACAGUUGGUUCAGAAGCGGUAUCCGGCGAUGCGUGAGGUCAAGCGUGUUGGCUUGGGUGAGCUUCUGCGGACGAUUCAAAAUUCGACUGAUCCAGAGGAGGUGUUGCUUGCGCAUUAUCAGAUUUUUGUGCCUUUGGGUGCUGUAUCUCUUGAUCCUGAGAAGGUUGAGGCACAUCGGCGGAAGUUCUUUGCUGGGUUGGAGUUUAGGUCUCCGGAGCAGUUGAUCAACGAGGUGGAUGAGAAUCCAGAUAAGGUUGUGUGA